CCCAGCGUUCUCUCUUCAACUGGCGUAAUGGCGGCCGAAAGCAUGCAAGCAGCAACAGCAUCCCUCGUUUUUCAGUAUUUGAGUGGCGUCGACAAGGCGCUCGCCAACCAGUUCCAAAAGAAACGAAGCGCGAAGCCCCUGCCCAAAGGAGUUCCGCAGCUCGACAAGGUCGUGAGCUCAUACUUCGAAGGGCAGCCUCAACAGCGUAAGCUCCUCCAGGCGCCAUGUGCUGCUGCUCCCGGCGCUACGUCAAAGGCAAAGCACGACGUGUCUUCCUCUGAGGAUUCUUCGAGCGAGGAAGAGGCCAAGCCAGCAAAUCCAGUCAACUCCACGACACCUAAGGGAAACACUGCCAAGGUGAACGCCAAAACGCCUGCCUCGGCUCAGAAGCCCAAGCCCGCUGCACAGGCGGACAGUGAGGACUCCGACUCGGACUCUGAUUCCUCAGAAGACGCAGCACCGAAGGGCAAGAAAGCGCCGGCUGCUACACCGAAGCCGGCAGCGCUUCAAGCGAAGGCUCCUGCAAAGCGAGCCAAACCCGAGACCGACUCGUCGGAGAGCUCGGACUCUGAAGCUGCUGCUCCGCCGAGUAAGAAGCCCGCCGUGCCAACACCCGUGCUUAAGGCGGCUCCCAAGAAGCCGCAGCAGUCAAAGGACGACAGCUCGAGCAGCUCGGACGACGAAGACGAUCCCAGGAAUAAGGCUGCGCUGAACAAGCCUGCCGCUGCCACGCCGCAGGCCAAGCCGGCGCCCAAGAAACCGGCUUCGGCGCAGAAGCAACAGGAGAGCUCUUCCGACUCCUCCUCUGACGACGAUGGAGCGUCAAAGCCACCGCCCGCCAAAAAGCAGGCACCCGCGAAGUCGACGCCAAAGGCCCAGAACGCAGCAUCGUCAGCCAAGAAGGUUGUUGCCAAGCGGACCGCCCAAGAGUCUUCAAGCUCGGACAGUUCGGAAGAGUCCGAGCCACAGAAGAAGCCGGUGACACCCAAAAGUGCCGCGACUACGCCGGCCAGCAAAUCCGCUGCACCGAAGGCGACAACGGGAAAGGCUGCUGCCUCGAAAGCAACACCGGCCAAGCGCCAGAAGGACGACAGCAGCUCGUCUUCGGAAAGCGAGGACGAUCAGCCUCACAAAGUCGCCAAGCCUGCGGCCGCUGCCGCCAAGAACCAGAAGACUGUGCUGAAGGUGGCCAUCGGCCCAGCUAAGAAGGCUCCACCGGCUAAGAAAGAAGAGUCAAGCGACAGUUCAUCCUCAGAAGCACCUCCAACCAAGGCAACUCCUGCCAAACUGGUGACUGGGAAGCAGACGCCGGCCAAGUCAGCAGCUGCCAAGCCGGCGCAAGGAAAUACACAACCAGCAGCCAAGGACAGCUCUAGCUCCGAAAGUGACUCCGAUGAUAAGCCAGCAAAAAAGGUGACUGUCUCUAAAGGAAAACAAGCAGUGACAAAGCUGGCACAGGCCAAACAGGACAGUUCAGAUUCUGAAAGUGACUCUGAGGAAGAGUCAAGACCAGCACCCACUAAAGCAGCUGCAAAACCAAUGCCAGCAAAAAAACAAGCUCAGGCAAAAAAGGAGAGCUCCUCGGACUCUGACAGCGACUCUGAGGAGUCCAAGCCGGCACCUCCCAAAGCAGCAGCAAAGCCAACACCGGGCAAGAAGCCAGUCCUAGCAAAGAAAGACAGUUCUUCAGACUCUGAAAGUGACUCUGAGGAUGACGCAAAGCCAGCGCACCCCAAACCUGCCGUGACAAAGCCAAGCUCCAUAAAGAAGCAGACUCCUGCCAAGAAGCAGCCGCAAGAGGAGUCGUCUUCUGACAGCAGCAGCGAGGAAGAAGCACCCAAAAAGCCUCAGGGUAAGAGUCCCGCCACGACAGCGAAACCAUCGAAAGCGACUAAGACACCCCCUCCCCCAAAGCCUCCCGGAAAAGGGACGCCAGUUGCCGCUAAGCCACAGCAAGACUCCUCUUCAUCUGACAGCGAUGAUGACGACAACAGAUGGCCAGCAGUGAAACCGGUAGUGACGCCAAAGAACGCUCCAGCUUCAACACCCAAGGCAACACCUGUUUCACAGAAGAAGCUUCAAAAGAAACAAGAAUCUUCCUCGUCUGAAGACAGUGAUGAAGAAGCCCCUCCAAAAUCCUCGCUGGUGAGACAGCAGAAGAUUGCUCCGAAGAAGCCUGCUGCGAAGGAGUCCUCAUCUUCUGACAGUGAAGAUGAACAGCCAGCAGCCAAGAAAGGCGGGAAACCUUUACAAGCCAAGACAUCAACGCCAAAAGUGGCUGUGAACAACGCAGAAGACUCCAGCGAGGACGAAAGUGAGGAAGAGUCGAGUAAAAGCAAGAAUGCGCAGAGUACGCCGAUGCUUAACGGUGCUGGCAACCCUGGUUCCCCUGACAAAGGAAGGAAAAGCUCACCAUUUAGGAGAGUGAAGUCUGACAAGGUCCAUGUAGACCCCAAGCUACGCGACAAUUCUUUCGAAGCCAAGGCUGGUGCUCGAGGAUCAUGGGGAGAGAAGGCCUACAGCGUGUUGAAAAACGUCAAGGGCAGGGACUUCAGGCACGAGAAGACGAAGAAGAAGCGGGGAACAUACUCUGGCGGAAGCAUUGACACAGGCGUCAACUCGAUACGCUUUGAUGACUGAUCUGCUGCACACCUCAUCAGCAACUGUACAGGGCAAGUCAUUUGUCACAUGGUUUUUAAUCUACCCCGGGGUUGGCAUUCUUCGCGUCUGUGUGCAGUUCCAGACUGACUAGGCACACUUGGAAGAUUGGCACUGUGCUGGGCUAUUUGCAGACUUUUGUUUUUCCAUAUGAUAACCUGUGGAGGCACGAGCAUCACAUAUUGUCAUUAAAGGAUUGUUUCAGGCGGUCA